CUUCCCGUACCGUGCUGUCGGUGUUACAGUUAAUCGAGUCGGCUAUUCUAGUCGAAUACUGCCCAGAAACAAUGAGAGAAAAUGCAGAUAAAUGUGUGGAGCCAGGUGAAUUUUAAUAUUGCGUUCGAACUGUCAAAACAAGAACGGUAAGCUGUGGAAUUUACUUCCUAUAUUGCGUCGCCAAUGGCAACGCACAUCGCGCUUUACGGCUAGACGACACACGCCCGUUAUGACGUAAACCUGAACGUAACGUUACGUCUCUGGAGUCCAAGGCUCAGGUGGACCCUGGUUGAGUUACCGUGGGAAAACUACAAGCCAAAAACUUUGUCACUUUCGACCAGUUAAGUUAAUAAGUUAAUAAUUUGAACCUCAGCAAGUGCACUAAAGUACAUAGCUCAUGUCUUUAACUUUCUUCAUUGAGAAGAGGAGAUGGCCAAAGGGAAUGGGAAGAUCAACAGCAGUGAGGGCUUAGCUCCACCUCAGCCCCGCUCACUCAGGUCAAAGAAGAGGGAACGUCCAAGUGAUGAAAUUUUCCAGACUGAUGGUGUUCGGGCUGCUCUCUUUCAACAGGGCACGGAAGAAAAUAAUACAACAGCGGUUGCCACACCACUACAGUGUCCCCGGUCGCCUCUGCAGGAAUGUGCUAUGAUUACAAAUCAACAGGAUCAGGCAGCCGGACAGACAAUCCCCACCAAACAAGAUGACACCAAAGAAGAAAAACAUGCAGAAGAAACACAUGUGCACUUAAAAAAUGUGACGGUUAAAUCUUUUGAAAGGCAAGAAGAGACUACUGUCAGCAGUCCCAAUAAUGAUUCUGUGCUGGAGGGCUUUAGAGUACAUACUGAUAAUGAUACCAACAAGAGUGGAAUAGAGGAAAUAGCUCCACAGGAAGGUAUCAGAUCCCCAUCCCAAACACGCAAUGAUCAACUCCAGGUCUUCUUGCCAACCUCUGAAGAGGGUGAUGGCUCCUGUGCAACUGCUUUGGAGAAGCAACUGGUUGCAAAGGAAAACUCUCAGUGUAAUUUGAAGAGAAACCAUGAAACCAGCCAAGAAGAACCAUGCAACAUGUGCAUGGCUGAUGUCAAGUUAAUCAAAAUGGAGACAGCAGCGGGGCUACCAGCCAAAAAAAAGCGAAGGAUGGGCAUGUGUGGUCUGACAGAGAAGGAGCGGAGUCAUUUUUUACAGACACAAAAGCGUGAAAAUGGGCGGAACGGAGCGGAGAGAGUUGAGAAACAGAUUUAUGAUAGUAACACAGCUGACCUUAUGGUUCAGGAAGAGAUGAUAUCUUCACUCCUCUUCCCAUCGUCACCUUUACCCAUCCCCAUAGACCAUAUCACAGAGCAGAGCGUGGCAGAGAUAAGACUUCAGUCCAGUCACAGUGGAGGGGAUGACAGGGCAGAAACUGAAGUCCACAUCGCUGUCACAACCUCAGAUGAAACCAGUACUGUGUGCGAUCCAGGCUGCUCAGAGGGAAAAAACUGUGAGGCUGAAGGAGGCACAGAGCCUGGUCCAGAACAAACUGGUGAGCCAAAGGCAGAUCCACCCGCAGAGGACGAAGUGGAGGAGCAUUUGGGGAAUCGAGAGCAACGGGAACUCGAGGGAAGUACAACUGAGAUUAUGACCGAAACACCCGAGAAACAAAGGAAAGAUGGAGAAGACAGGUUGGCAGAUUUAGUCUGUAGUCCUGCCAUCAGUUUUGACACUAAUCCAACUCAAAAUGAGGAAACUGAGAAAAACAAGGUUCAGAGCGAGACUGCCUCUCUGCAGGUGAAUAGAGUGACCAAAACAAGAGCUGAGUGGAAGGAAGAGAUGAUGGUUGAUUGUAAUGAUGGAGUUGAAGUAGAGGGAACUUCAUCCACAGGACUUAACUGUGGCUCUGUGGAGCUCUGUGAAGCUGCAGUGACAUCCACUGGCUCAGAAAAGAAAAAGAGUUGUCAUCCCGAUGAUGAACCUGGUCCUUCUACUGUGAAUGCUGAGCACACUCAGACCAGGGAUGCCACAGAACCGUUUGGAUCCGGAUGCUUAGAUUACGUGUCGGACUCGCAGCUGAACACUAUUGUUCUGAUCGAGGAGGCAUUAAAGAGGGAGGAAGGGCCUGGUUCCUCAGACUGUCACGAAGAUGCCACAGACCUGAUCUGUGGGCUUAUCAGAGAACUCUCCUCUCUAAAUCACAAGGUCAUGGCCACACAUAGGGAGCUGGAGAACCUGCGACGUGGCAGUAAAACUUCAAGGAGCUCCAUACGUUGAGGAUUUUGAUGAGCUACCUGCCAUCCUGAGCUUACUGUUGCCCCAACAGUUCAUGGGUAAUGAAGGUACCUGUGCCCCAGUAUAAACUUUUAAUAUUUCAUUAUAAAUCUAUU